GAUGUGGCGGGAAAGACCCAGCCAUCGCCUCGAAGAAAAACCUCCCAAAUCUGAGAAAAAACAAAUCAAAGAGAAGCGGAAAGAUGACACAAACCGAAACCCUAAAUAUCCUCGACGAGCUCUCGUCUCUCGUCUCCGAUCAGCUUCAAGUGGUAUCUUACAAAUGGCUGAGUCGUAAUUUCUCUCUUUCAUCAAUAACUGCCAAGAGGCUGCUUAAGGAUUUCGUGGAGAAAAAUGGGAAAGGUCUGGAAGUUGUAUAUAUUGUGUCUGGGUGGCUAAAGAACACACCUUCCGAUCACCGCACAAGGCUUGUAUCUAGUUCCAAACUUUCAGAAGUGGAGAAAGAGUUCAAUGGAACUCAUUCAGUUUCUAUAUACAGUGUUCAAGCUAGUAUUCCAAUGGAGCCAGCAGCCAUAUGGAACAGUGAGUUUGUUCAAGCAGAAGAACUCUUCUUGCAGCCUUCUACCACUGAUAAUUGCUUGAGAGACAACAGGUUUUGUGGAAUCUCCAAUUCUUUUAUAAAGCGUAAUAUAGAGGGAGGCACUGCAAAUGUUACAGCCCCGGGAACUGCAAGUGUGGGAACUACUGUACAACCGAAAAGUGGUUUAAAUCGUCAAGAGUCUACAGUGCCUUCAAUCCCCAAGGUUGGCCAUCAGGCUCCAGCUCAAAAACAAACUGUGAAAUCCUCCAAUGAUAAAGAAAAGUCCCUUCCUGUGCCCGCUAAUAAAAAGAUCGGACAGGCCCAAAAGAGCGUGGCUGGAACUGGGGGUUCGUUGAAAAAUAUGUGGGGCCGUGUACCUGUGAAAACAGAAGAUGAUUCUGUCAAAAACAACGAUACCUCAGAAGCUCAAAAGCCUUCUCACAAUGACAAGAGCAAGGGAGGCAGCGAUGAUGAGGCCCCAGAUGUCAGUAUCAGGAACAGAAAAAGGAAGGUGAUAUUUGACUUUUCUGAUGAAGAGUGUGAAGAUGUUAUCAGCUUAGCAUCUCCUAGUAGUCAUAAGAUUAGUCCACGUCCAGAUGGCGAAGAAAUCAAAGAAGAUUCGGGUACGGAGAAGCCUGAUGAACGUGUAUCUCGAGAGACCGAAACAGAUAAACCAGAGGUCAGCGAACAAGACUGUCAAAAAACUACCUCUGCUGGUACUUCGGGUGUCAAAAAAGAGGAGAAACCUAUGGCUUCAUCAAAGGAGAAGAAGAUCCAGGCCAUUGGUUCUGAAGCUGGAGUCAAUCCCUCAAAGGGAAGAAUGAGUAAUGCUCCUAGUUCACCGAAAAGGAAAAAAGUGUUGAAGACGCGGAUUGAUGAGCGUGGGAGAGAAGUAACUGAGGUGGUCUGGGAGGAAACAGAAACAAACGCAACGAAGAAAGAAGAUACUGAUACAAGUAAGAAGUUAAAUGAUGGCAAAAGCGCAAACGCUGCUGUUAACAGGGCGGUUGUGCAGAAGAAGAGCCCGGCCAUGGGAGCAGGAAACGCAGGAGGAAAAGCAGGAAGCAAGAAAGGAGGGAACGUGAAAGAUCCAAAGCAAGGGAACAUAAUGUCUUUCUUCAAGAAGAAAGUCUAAAAUUACAAAACACUUUUGUUUGUAUUUCUCAGAACUUUGGUAUUCAUCUGAUUGUAAUGCUUGAAUUCGUUUAUGUAUUGAAAAGAAGAAACUCUAGAGCCGUUAAUGAUUUUUUUAUCAACCACACGGAUCAUGAAACUGUUGCAGGUCUUGUCUA